ACUCCCAACAUAAAGGAACGCAUGGUUCACCUCUCCCUGCUCAUCCUCCUCUGUUUCUCCACUCGCCCAUGGGCGCUGCAACCUUCAUGCUCCAGAGUUGAGAGAUGAGUAUACUGGUGAUUACGGUAGACCUGCAAUGCUGCCGCUGCAAGAAGAAGAUCAAGAAUGUUCUCGAGUGCCUCAAAGAGGAUUACUGCAUCGAGAAGACUGAGUACGAGGACAAGGACAACAGGGUGAUCGUCCGUGGGAAAUUCGACGCGGAGAAGCUCUGCAAAAAGAUCUGGUGCAAGGCCUGCAAGGCCGUCAAGGAGAUCGAGAUCGUAAAACAAUGGCCGCCGCCGCCCCCAUGCCCAGACAAGCCAAAGAAACCACCAUGCGCAUGCACAUGCCCGCCUCCGCCCGAGCCGCCAAAACCAUGUCCAUGUCACCCGAAGCCAUGCCCGCCGGCUCCAACCAAGCCUUCGAAACCACCAUGCGCAUGCACAUGCCCGCCUCCGCCCGAGCCGCCAAAACCAUGUCCAUGUCACCCGAAGCCAUGUCCGCCGGCUCCUGAGCACAAACCAUGCAAACCUGAGGCCAAACCAUGCCCGGCGGAGCACAAACCAUGCAAACCUGAGCACAAACCAUGCAAAACUGAGGCCAAACCAUGCACUGAGCCGGAAAAGAAAACGCCGCCGCCGCCGCCGCCCAAACCAACAUACAAGUUCGUGCCAUACCCGUACCCGCUGCCGUACCCUAUGCAGUGCCAGAGCUCGCCGUGGAACUGCCCUCCGCAGCAGUGUCACUGCUGCCUUGCCGAUAAGCCACCGCCCCCGCCGCCACCGCCUCCCCCACCGCCGCCGGAGCCCCCCAAGCCGGAGCCCUGUAAGUGCUCGCAGUCGCAACACCCCUCUCACGGCGGCUGUGGCUGCAGCAAGCCGCCUAAUUGCUGGCCACCGCCCACCUGGCCGCCGCAGCAGCCCUGCUUCAUGCCGCCACCAUGGUUCACGGAGGAGAACCCAUCGGAUGCCUGCUCCAUCAUGUGAUGAUUGAUCUUGGAUUACUACGAUGAACAACGCAUGGACUACAUUGAUGUGGUGUUGCCACGUUAUCUGCACCGCCUAAAAAAUUCUACCGUGCCUCGAAAAUCGGAAUAAUGCGAGCCUUAAUAAACUAGUUCAGUGUUACUACUUCUGUACGUCUACGAGUUCAGCUGUUCAAUAUACGUUCGAGGAGGAAGAUGUGUCAUGUAAUCCUUUUUAUUUGUGGAUUUAAUUUAAUUGAUCUGUUGUACAUGUAAAUCCUGUUUUAUUUGUGAACGUGAUUUAAUUGAUCUUUUUUUGCGAAAGUAGUUUAAUUGAUCUGUUGUAUUGA